UGAAAUCCUCUUUAGUCGAAACUACUGAUGAUUGUCUGGAUUAUAGAAAAAAUCCAGGGCAUACAAAUGGAAUUUUAGUGACAAUGUUUUGCAGUUACCAUAAAAUAGGCACAAUUGAACUUUCAAAUAUAAUACAACAUGGUUAUAAUGAGAAUUUAUUGUGCUGCUGUAAGACUCCUGUCAAGAACAGAUUCAAAGUCAAGGUUUCAGGGUCAUGGCAGAAAUAGACUAGUUGACAACACAUGGCAGCAACAAAAUCGCACGUUCUUCACCUUCCCUAAACAAAGCCGUAAUCGCGAGUACCGCGGGAGGCAGCUAGUGGGAUACACCAUGGAACAAAUGUAUGAAGUUGUUGCCGAUGUAGAGAAUUAUCACAAAUUUGUACCUUGGUGCAAGCAGUCACUAGUGAAACAAAAAUCAAGUAAUCGACUAGUAGGUGAACUCAUAGUCGGAUUCCCUCCUAUAAACGAAAGCUAUACAUCCAUUGUGACCCUAGUCAAACCACAUUUAGUAAAAGCGGAGUGUACAGAUGGCCGACUUUUCGAACAUCUAAUCACUGUCUGGAGAUUUAGCCCUGGUCUCAAAAAAGAACAACAAUCCUGUGUAGUGGACUUCCACAUAGAUUUUGAAUUCCGUUCAGUAUUUCAUUCCCAAAUAUCAAAUUUAUUCUUUGACCAAGUUGCCAAAAAAAUGGAAGGAGCAUUCAUUGCUGAAGUUGGUAAUAGAUUUGGUACAGCAACUAUGCCUCCAAGAAAUUUACUAAUCUGAAAUUAUUAGUACAGUUAAAUUAUCUCGAAAAUCCAGCACUAAUUCUGAUAUUAAGACACAAGAGACCUGGAUUCAUAGAAAAUUCGGAUUACUUACUGAAGUUUGAGCAAAUCUACAAGUACAUAUUGAUGCGCUUUAAGUAUGUUCUAAUAAUAAAAUAAUAAAUUGAAUAAAAAUGUCGUUUUAGCCAAUUAUAAAUAAAAAGCACCCCUUUUAUUGCCAGAUUACUACCACCAUAAUAAGUGCCGGAUUAUCGAGAUUUCACUGUACUGUUAGUCUCUAGUAUUCUCCUAUUUGUGAUCUGGAAUAUGUUCUCAAGUAAGAAUGUUCACCAUGAAAGAGAAUAUAAGUACUUUAAAAUUCGUACAACUCCUGAAAUUAUAUAAGAUUUGACAAAUUUUGUUACCUAUGUGUAAGUGAUAUUAUAUUAUAUUUUCCUGAAAGAAAUUUAUUUAUUGUAACAUAAUGGAAGCCAAGCUUCCAUAAUACAGAAGGAAAUAAAAAUAUGUUAA